UACUUGACAAUUCUUCCAAGUGAUGGAGCCUAUACUUGACAAUUCUUCCAAGUGAUUGACCUCACGUGGUACCACCGGAGAGCUCCCCCCUUCUUGGGGCCUCCCAGCUCCAUCGUAGUGAGAUGUCUCUUCAUUAAUUCACAAGACUGCGUCAUGGGGAGAGACUGAUACAGAGAUGGAGGCAGUGGAAAUAGAAACUGGCAAGAGCUGGCAGAGGGACUGAGAGAGGGGAAGAGCCAGCUGACGGAAAGAGCCGGAGGUGGGAAGUGAGUGAGACGGCCGCCCUAAUGAGGGCAGACCCUCAAAGGGAGCCAUCGGGGGGGGUGGAGAAAUGGGACGCGAUGGAGAACUGGUUCCACUGGAAGACUAGAGUGCGAACAGAACUGGAACGGCCGCGUCAUGUUUGAAAAUGGGAGACAUAAAGCCAGAUGAUGGAGAAUCACACGGAGGAGACGAAGAGGAGUAAAUGGGAGCCUGACUCCCUAGAUUUGAAUUCCUCGUCGCACCACGUACUUAACCAUCUUUGGUUCAGUACAACAGGGAGUGGCGAUAGCACCUUCUUAACGUUGUGAGGGAAGUGUAGGUGCGCGGAUGCUUGUCGUUGCACCUGUACGUAUACGCAGGUGAUUUCGAAUGGAACCUGAUACGGGAGCGAGUGCUAACUUGUCAAAGUGCCAGACAACUGGGAGGCAAAAUAUUAGGUGGAGAAAUGGAGAUGAAGAGAGAGUCGUGAUGGAGGGAGAGACAGUGAUGGGAAGUGGAGAGAGACAAAAACGGAGCAUCAGAGCUGACGACAAGGAGCAAACGAGAAAGGCAGAUGGAGGUGCGCAGUGCCUGGAAGACCCAGGAUGGACUUGUGUCUGUCGCACAGAUCACCGCAGGAGUCGUGAGGUGCCCUGUGUGUCACCAGUUUGACCCGGGGCCCAUUGCCUGUCAUCGUCCUGUGCCACAGUGAGGAGCAAAAUUGGCUUUUUGAAGAGAAGGUGGUUCCUCCUCGCGGGCACUGGGCUCUCACUGCAGCUUCGAGACCGCGUCGCGACUGCCCGCCACAUGCCUCCUCCCAGAACGAAGGAGGGCGGGGAUGACCGAGGCCGACACUGGGAUCCCAGUGAGGAGGACGCCCCUGAGAAAUGGGACUGGAAUUGUCCGGAGACCCGUCGCCUCUUCGAGGAUGCCUUUUUCUGUGAUGAGGAUUAUAUACCCCAGGGUUCUGAGGAGCGCAAGAAGUUCUGGACCUUCUUUGAACGCUUACAGAGAUUCCAGAACCUCAAGAGCACCAGGAAGGGGGACAAGGACCCUGGGCGUCCCAAGCACAGCAUCCCUGCGCUGGCCGACCUGCCUCGCGCUUACGACCCCCGUUACCGCAUCAACCUCUCGGUCCGGGGCCCCGACGCCCGGGGCUCUCGGGGGCUGGACGGACAGCCCCCGGAGAGGGUGUCCGAGUUCCGCCGAGCCCUUCUGCACUACCUGGACUUUGGCCAGAAGCAGGCGUUUGGACGACUGGCCAGACUGCAGAGGGAACGGGCGGCCCUCCCCAUCGCCCAGUACGGGACCCGCAUCCUGCAGACACUGAAGGAACACCAGGUGGUGGUGGUGGCGGGUGACACGGGCUGUGGCAAGUCCACCCAGGUGCCCCAGUACCUGCUGGCCGCCGGCUUCAGUCACGUGGCGUGCACCCAGCCCCGGCGUAUCGCCUGCGUCUCCCUGGCCAAGCGCGUCAGCUUCGAGAGCCUCAGUCAGUAUGGCUCACGGGUCGGCUACCAGAUCCGCUUUGAGAGCACACGGACGGCAGCCACCAAGAUCGUGUUCCUGACGGUGGGGCUGCUCCUGAGGCAGAUCCAGCGGGAGCCCCGCCUGCCCCAGUACCAGGUCCUGAUCGUGGACGAAGUCCACGAACGCCACCUGCACAACGACUUCCUGCUGGGCGUUCUCCGGCGCCUGCUGCCCGAGCGGCCUGACCUCAAGGUCAUCCUCAUGUCGGCCACCAUCAACAUCUCGCUCUUCUCCAGCUACUUCGGCGGGGCCCCCGUGGUGCAGGUGCCCGGGAGGCUGUUCCCCAUCACGGUCGUGUACCAGCCACAGGAGGCCGAGCCGCCGGCGUCCAAGUCAGAGAAGCUGGACCCUCGGCCUUUCCUGAGGGUGCUGGAGGCCAUUGACAAUAAGUACCCGCCGGAGGAGCGGGGCGACCUCCUGGUCUUCCUGAGCGGCAUGGCGGAGAUCAGCGCGGUGCUCGAGGCGGCCCAGGCCUAUGCCAGCCGCACCCAGCGCUGGGUGGUUCUGCCGCUGCACAGCGCCCUCUCUGUGGCCGACCAGGACAAGGUGUUCGAUGUGGCCCCCCCUGGGGUUCGGAAAUGCAUCCUCUCCACCAACAUCGCUGAGACCUCAGUCACCAUUGAUGGGAUCCGCUUCGUAGUAGAUUCUGGGAAGGUGAAGGAGAUGGGCUAUGACCCACAGGCCAAGUUGCAGCGGCUGCAGGAAUUCUGGAUCAGCCAGGCCAGUGCCGAGCAGCGGAAGGGCCGGGCGGGCCGCACGGGCCCCGGCGUCUGCUUCCGCCUCUACGCUGAGUCGGACUACGAUGCCUUCGCCCCCUACCCUGUCCCGGAGAUUCGGAGGGUGGCCCUCGACGCGCUGGUGCUGCAGAUGAAAAGCAUGUGCGUGGGGGACCCGCGAACCUUCCCCUUCAUCGAGCCUCCGCCACCAGCCAGCCUGGAAACGGCCAUCCUCUACCUCCGGGACCAGGGGGCCCUGGACAGCUCAGAGGCCCUCACCCCUAUCGGCUCUCUGCUGGCCCAGCUUCCGGUGGACGUGGUGAUCGGGAAGAUGCUGAUCCUUGGUUCCAUGUUCCACCUGGCGGAGCCCGUGCUCACCAUCGCGGCUGCCCUCAGUGUCCAGUCGCCCUUCACCCGCAGCGCCCAGAGCAACCCCGAGAGUGCGGCCGCGCGGCGGCCCCUGGACAGUGACCACGGUGACCCCUUCACGCUCUUCAAUGUCUUCAACACCUGGGUGCAGGUGAAAUCCGAACGGAGCAGGAGCUCACGCAAGUGGUGCCGCCACCGGUGCAUAGAGGAGCAUCGGCUGUACGAGAUGGCCAACGUACGGCGCCAGUUCAAGGAGCUGCUGGAGGACCACGGGCUGCUGGCCAGGGCCCGGGCCCCGAAGCCGGGGGACAGCUACAGCCGGCUGCGGCAGCGCCGGGAGCGCCGGGCACUGUACCAGCUGAAGCGCCGGCACGAGGAGGGCGGGGGACACAGGCGCAAGGUGCUGCGGCUGCAGGAGGACCCGGGCGGCUGCUCCAGCGAAGAGGACCCGGGGGCCGGCGACAGCGUGGACAUCCAGGAUGUGAAGUUUAAGCUGCGGCACAGCCUGGAUCAGCUGCAGGCGGCCACCACCUCGGCCCAGGACCUGACGCGGGACCAGGUGGCCCUGCUCAAGCUGGUGCUGGGCCGGGGCCUCUACCCCCAGCUUGCAGUCCCGGACCCGUUCAACAGCAGCCGCAAGGACUCGGACCAGAUUUUCCACACCCAGUCCAAGCAGGGCACCGUGCCGCACCCCACUUCCGUCUUUGCCAGCAGCCCGGAGGUUCUGCACGCGCAGGAGCAAGAGGCCGGGGGCGGUGAAGGGAGCCGAGACGACAGGGACAAGCUGAGCAGCAGGCACCAGCUCCUCACCUUCGUCUCCCUGCUGGAGACCAACAAGGCCUACCUGGUGAACUGCGUCCGCAUCCCCGCGCUCCAGUCUCUCUUGCUGUUCAGCCGGUCCCUGGACACCAACGGUGACUGCUCGCGCCUGGUGGCUGACGGCUGGCUGGAGCUCCAGCUUGUGGACAGUGAGAGUGCCGUCCGGCUUCUGGCGGCUUCCGUGCGGCUCCGUGCCCGCUGGGAAAGUGCCCUGGACCGGCAGCUGGCGCGUCAGGCCCAGCAGCGGCGGCCGGAGGUGGACCAAGAAGAGGAGGAGGAGGAGGAUCCAGUCGCCCGCAAGGAGGUGGCCGACCUGAGCAGGGAGCUGCUGAAGUUCACGGCCUCCAAGGUCCCCUACAGCCUCCGGCGGCUCACGGGGCUGGAAGUCCAGAACCUCUAUGUGGGACCCCAGACCAUCACAGCCAUGCCCAGUCUUCCUGGCCUCUUCGGUAGCUCUGCCUUGUCCCCUCACCCCACCAAAGGGGGCUACGCAGUCACUGACUUCCUCACCUACAACUGCCUCACGAGCGACACGGACCUGUACAGCGACUGUCUCCGCACCUUCUGGACCUGCCCCCACUGCGGCCUGCACGUGCCCCUGACGCCAUUGGAGCGCAUUGCGCACGAGAACACUUGCCCCGAGGCCCCACAGGACGGUCCCCCAGGGGCUGAGGAGGCCGCCCCCGAGCCCCUCCAGAAGGCGUCCAUCCUGCAGAAGCCCUACCACUGUGCGGCCUGCCAGAAGGACUUCCUGUUCACACCCACGGAGGUUCUGCGGCACCGGCGGCAGCACGUAUUGGCCCAGAUUAAAAAGAUCGACAAUGCUCACUGCUGGCUAGCAUGUGCGCGAACGGGAACUUGCAGCCGCCUUGGGGGGAAUUCAUACAACCUCGAUCUCGCAGCAUCUUUCAAAAUGCAAGGUGGGUGUGCACUCACUCAACAACCUUUUAAAACUUUCCCUUGAAGCAUAACAUACAGAAAAGCGCUCAAGUCGUAAGUGAACAGCUUGGUGAAAUUCCCCAGGAAGCGAAACAUGUCUGUGUCACCAUCCAGAGAACCAGACCGUGACUAGCUCCCCCGGCAGCUGGCUUGCGCUCCCCGCCCCAGCGCAGGCCCCCGGGGUGACCAGCGCUCUGACCUCUAACAUCAUCACCUAGUGUUGCCCAUUCUAGAACCUCAUAACAAUGGACCCUCCUGUGUCUGGCUUCUUUGGCUGACAUUACGUUGUGUGGGGCUGUGGUGUAUUCACUCUGUUGUAUGAAUUCAUCACGCUUUAAUUUAUUCUUUUGUUGAUGGCCAGUUGGCCGGGGUCCAGUUACAGCUAAUGCUGCUACGACCACACGGUCCGUGUGGCUUUUGGUGAACACACGUGUGCAGUUCUGUGCAGUACGCGGCCAGGAGUGGAGUCACUGGGUCCCGGGACGCACAUGGGUUCAGUUUUAGUAGGUUCUUUGCAGUUGUCUUCCAAAGCUCUUGCCAACGUGUGCGCCUCCCGGCCAUGUAUGAGAGCUUUCAUCAGCCAGGCUAAUGGUAAUUAUUGCGAUAUUUAUUGCGAUUGUAAUUACAGUUCCAUGAUGGUGGAUGAUGUUGAGUAUCUUUUCGCGGGCUUAGUAGCCGUUUAUUGGUCUACUUUUUGUAAUUUAUAUUCAGUAUUUUGACUCUUUUUAAAAAAUGUAUAUUUAUUUAUUUUGAGAGAGUGAGAGAGAGCUCAAGCAGGGGAGGGACAUAGAGAGAGGGAGACAGAGAAUCCCAAGCAGGCUCUCCACUGCCAGUGCAGACCCAGUGCGGGGCUCGAACCCAUGAACCGUGAGAUCAUGACCUGAGCCGAAACCGAGAGUCUGAUG